GAGCAGGCAGCACCCGCAGGCCGAGGGCACGCCGGGCCGGGGCCGGGGGCCGUGCCGGGGUGGCCGGGGCGGAUGGAAGCGGCCAGCUCCCUGCGCCGCUGCCCGCCCGCCAGCUCCGGUGCGGGGGCGGAGGGAGCGCGGGACUCCUCCCCGCCGGAUUCACAGGCACCCAGAGGCGGGUGACCAGCCCAGCUCCUGUGUCCCCGCGCUCAGUCUCUGCGCCAGAGGCUGGCGCUGCGCUCAGGUCGCCAGGAUCCCGAGGACACGGCCUCUUGGACACCUGGCGCCCCGGUGGAUCGGCAGCAUCGGCGGCAGGAGUGGCCGCAGCCGCCUUGGCUCUGCUCCCCGCACCCCGCUGAGAGCCUGUCCCGAUCCGGGACACCCCUUUCCUCCCCUUUCAUCCUCUGUCCGGAGCUCCUGGGACAGACAGACGGCCUCAGGGAGGACCGAGGGCCGGACUGAAAGCAGCGGCCAGCACAUAGUGAGCAGUGCUCUGGGGAGCCAUCUAUGAUUACAACUUGCACCUUUUCUUGGGACACUUUCUUGAAAGGAUCAGCAGACAUCCAAUUUACUCAGAUCUAAUCCCAGAUUAAUGGAGUUUUUGCAGAGCUGAUUACACUUGACUUACCAAGAGUGGAACAGUUGCACAUCACAUGCCCCGAGUGAUAAGGGACUAAAACUGCCAAGUUCAUAUCUGUCCUGUCUUAGAAGCGAGAAAAAUGGAGAAUUGAUAUUCAAAGGUCUUGGCGGGAGACGGGUCUGGCACCUGACCACGGGGUGUCCAUGACCCCGGCGGUUGCGCCCCAUCCGCAAUGAAAGGGUUAUCCGGCAGCCGCAGCCAUCACCACGGGGUCACCUGCGAUUCCGCCUGCGACUCGCACCACCACCACCACCACCACCAGGACCACCACCGCAAGCCCUACCAGCUGAGCCCCGUGGAGCAGCACCCGGAGCACCACCCGGCGGACCACCCGUACUACACGCAGCGCAACUCCUUCCAGGCCGAGUGCGCGGGCCCCUUCAGCGACCCGCUGGCAAGCAGCACCUUCCCUCGCCGGCACUACACCUCGCAGCAGGAGCUCAAGGACGAGUGUGCCGCCCUCGUGCCCCGCACCCUGGCCACCAAGGCCAACCGCCUGCCCCCCAACCUCCUGGACCAGUUCGAGAGGCAGCUGCCGCUAGGCCGGGAUGGGUACCACACGCUGCAGUACAAGCGCACGGCCCUGGAGCACCGCAGCAGCGACAGCCCGGGCCGCAUCCGCCACCUGGUGCACUCGGUCCAGAAGCUCUUCACCAAGUCGCACUCCUUGGAGGGCCCAGCCAAAGGGCCCGGCAGCGUCAACGGGGGCAAAGCCAGCCCCGACGACGCGCAGACCCAGACCGUGCGGUAUGGCAAGCGCAGCAAGAGCAAGGAGAGGCGCCCCGAGCCCAAGGCCCGGCCCAACACCUCUCCCAGCACGUCGUCACCGGGUUGGUGGAGCUCUGAUGACAACCUGGACAGCGACAUGUGCAUCUACCACUCCCCGUCGGGCGUGAUGACCAUGGGCAGGUGCCCCGACCGCUCGGCCUCGCAGUACUUCGUGGAGACCUACAACACCAUCAGCGAGCAGGCGGUCAAGGCCUCCCGCAGCAGCAACGACGUCAAGUGCUCCACCUGCGCCCACCUGCCCGUCAGCCUGGACGCGCCGCUCCUCAAGAAGAGCGCCUGGUCAUCCACGCUCACCGUGAGCCGCGCCCGCGAGGUCUACCAGAAGGCCUCGGUGAACGUGGACCAGGCCAUGGUGAAGGCGGAGUCGUGCCAGCAAGAGCGUUCCUGCCAGUACCUCCAGGUUCCUCAAGAUGAAUGGACAGGGUAUACCCCUCGAGGUAAAGACGAUGAAAUUCCCUGCCGAAGAAUGCGGAGUGGCAGCUAUAUCAAAGCCAUGGGAGAUGAAGACAGUGGUGACUCGGACACAAGUCCCAAGCCAUCUCCCAAAGUUGCUGCACGAAGAGAAAGCUAUCUCAAGGCUACUCAGCCAUCCCUCACAGAACUCACCACUCUCAAGAUUUCCAAUGAACACUCUCCCAAACUCCAGAUCCGGAGUCACAGUUACUUGAGGGCAGUCAGUGAAGUCUCCAUCAACCGAAGCCUAGACAGCCUUGACCCUGCAGGCCUGCUCACGUCACCAAAGUUCCGCUCCAGGAAUGAGAGCUACAUGCGAGCCAUGAGCACCAUCAGCCAGGUGAGCGAGAUGGAAGUGAACGGGCAGUUCGAGUCGGUGUGCGAGUCGGUGUUCAGCGAGCUGGAGUCGCAGGCGGUGGAAGCGCUGGACCUGCCCAUGCCCGGCUGCUUCCGCAUGCGGAGCCACAGCUACGUUCGGGCCAUCGAGAAGGGCUGCUCCCAGGACGACGAGUGCGUGUCGCUGCGGUCCGCCUCCCCGCCGCGCACCACUACCACCGUGAGGACCAUCCAGAGCAGCACGGGUGUCAUAAAACUGAGUUCUGCCGUUGAAGUGUCAUCUUGCAUUACAACAUAUAAGAAGACACCACCUCCAGUCCCACCCAGAACUACCACGAAACCUUUCAUUUCUAUCACAGCCCAGAGUAGCACAGAGUCUGCCCAGGAUGCCUACAUGGACGGACAGGGCCAGCGAGGAGAUAUUAUCAGCCAGUCUGGACUGAGCAACUCCACGGAGAGCCUGGACAGUAUGAAGGCUCUGACAGCCGCCAUCGAAGCCGCCAAUGCCCAGAUCCACGGCCCUGCCAGUCAACACAUGGGCAACAACCCUGCCACCAUCACUACCACGACCACCAUAGCAACCAUCACUACAGAGGACAGGAAGAAGGAUCACUUUAAGAAAAAUCGAUGCCUGUCAAUUGGGAUACAGGUGGAUGAUGCUGAAGAACCUGACAAAGCAGGGGAAAAUAAAGCACCCAGUAAGUUCCAGUCCAUAGGAGUGCAAGUAGAAGAAGAGAAGUGCUUCCGCAGGUUCACCCGAUCCAACAGUGUGACGACAGCAGUGCAGGCGGACCUGGACUUCCACGACAACCUGGAAAACUCUCUGGAGUCUAUAGAGGACAGUUCGUGCCCGGGCCCCGCGGCCAGACAGUUCUCCCGGGACGCCAGCACCUCCACUGUCAGCAUCCAGGGCUCAGGAAACCACUACCACGCCUGUGCGGCCGAUGACGACUUCGACGCGGAUUUCGACCCUUCGAUCCUGCCUCCCCCGGAUCCCUGGAUUGACUCGAUCACCGAAGACCCCAUGGAGGCCGUGCAAAGGUCGGUGUGCCACCGGGAUGGCCACUGGUUCCUGAAGCUUCUGCAGGCGGAGCGCGACCGCAUGGAAGGCUGGUGCCAGCAGAUGGAGAGGGAAGAGCGGGAGAACAGCCUGCCGGAAGACAUUCUAGGGAAAAUCCGAACGGCAGUGGGCAGUGCCCAGCUUCUCAUGGCCCAGAAAUUCUACCAGUUCAGAGAACUGUGUGAAGAAAACCUGAACCCUAAUGCUCAUCCAAGGCCCACCUCCCAGGAUUUGGCGGGGUUCUGGGACAUGCUGCAGUUGUCCAUAGAAAAUAUUAGUAUGAAAUUUGAUGAACUCCAUCAGUUAAAGGCCAAUAAUUGGAAACAGAUGGAUCCUCUUGACAAGAAGGAGAGAAGGGCCCCUCCUCCAGUGCCAAAGAAGCCGGCGAAGGGCCCCGCGCCGCUGAUCCGGGAGCGCUCGCUGGAGAGCUCGCAGCGCCAGGAGGCCCGCAAGCGCCUGAUGGCCGCCAGGCGCGCCGCGUCCGUCCGCCAGAACUCGGCCACCGAGAGCGCCGAGAGCAUCGAGAUCUACAUCCCCGAGGCGCAGACCCGGCUCUGAGGUCCCGGGCGUCCCCCGCCAGGACCCGCCCGCCCGCCGCCUCCCGGCCCCUGCGCCCCAGCCCGUCCGUCUGAGCCCAGUGACUUCCACCGUCGCCGUGUAGUUAGCCGUCCACCUUGCAGGACCUCCCCCAGUCCCCCUGCCCGGACCAGCGGGCCCAUGUUACUCACUGAGCUUCGCCACCUGUACCGAGGCGCCAGCCUGCCUCACCCGGAUAGACAGCCCUUUCUUUUCUUGGCAAAGCCAAGCCCACCCGUGCACAGAUCGCCCCUGUAAGUCGCCCGCAUCCUCAGUUCUCUCAAGCUAGUGUGUCCCUAGAGCUCAGCAAUAUAACACCGUAGGGUAUUUCAGAAAUCCAGUAUCACAGGGUGAUCCUUUGGGACUUAACCGUCUUCCACGCGAAAGAAACGAGGGCUUCGAUUCCCUUUUAUUUCCCCCAAUGGUUAUUCUUUUACAAAGCAGGUGGAGCACUUUAUUUCCAACCUCCGAAAUCAUGCCAUCUCACCGGAAUCCAUGAGUGACACACCAAGAGGGGACCGAGCUGGGCUGGGGGUGGGGGACCUGGAUGUGUAGUGGGGAAGGGAGGAGCAAAAUCUGCGGGUGCUGGGGGUACCCGCACCGCUCACAGCUGCACAAACUGCCUCACUGAUCCUUCAUCAAUCACUGCUUCAAGUGUUUCAAUCAGCAGAAGAUUGUAAAUUCGAUCUUUCAGGGAAAUCUAUUCUGAAAGGCAAUAAAAUGAGGAAAGGCAAGGCAAAGGAAGCACUGAUAGUUUAAGAUACUACAUAAGUGAUGUUUUGUUCUGUUAUUUUUAAAAAAAUCUUAGACCUGAAAUGUUUUACCAGCUGUCAUUGUGUUGUGUAUAUUAUAUUGUUGUGCAGUAGGACCUUCAAGGGCAAACUGUUGGUUCUGUUUAUUUGUUAGUGUCCAUCCUGGGGACCCUACCUAACCACACCUAUGUAAGUGGUGUGGUUCUAACCACUGAGGCGCUGUAAAUGGCAGCCAGGUGGUUUUCAGAGAAGAGUUCGGAUUUUCCCAUCAUCCCCUUGAAUGCUCUACAGCCAUCUCCUUUAACCUGUUAGUUCAUACUUCUGACAUAUCUCUUCCUUUGGCCUUCUCUCACUGUUACAUAGGGUCCUAUCAUCCCCUAGCAUAAGGACUGUGUCCUAGGUCAACCCAAUAAAAUAAAUUUUCUACCCCAAUAGACACGCCUCAUUCCAAAGAGCUGCCACUCCUCUUGAAGUCCCCGGCAGUGAGAAAAAUUUGACGUGCAAGGUUCAACAACCACAAGGAGAGGGGAGAAGUCACGACGCACAAACACUGAGAGAUACCCAGGCUUUUGGCAGAGAAUGUUGACUUACAUUUUUGUCAUGCUGGAUGGGCAGUAUGCACUUUGCUGACGUUCUCCUUAAACGCCCUUAUUCAUAGCAGUUAACGCGUUUAGAAUAUGGUGAUCUUAAAGUACCACUGGCGUUUUAUGUCCAGUUCCCACCCUAAAGUAUUAGAAAUUACCAUUGAAAAAUGAAGGACUUCUAAAAACAUACAUCAAAUACGCUUGCACCAGAGAAGCUUUUUCAAAAAACAAAACAAAACGCACUCGCAUCGCCAGGUGCUAAUUUAAUUUUAUUUCUGAAAUUAAGAGAGGUGAUGGGUUCUGGCAUCAACUAUCUUCAUGGACAUAUUCAAAAACCACUAGAGAAUUCGCUACCUCUCAGAGCCAUCGAUGCUUUGAGCUAUCUUUGUAAACAGGGCACAAAUGUUUACUGCUGUGGUUUACAAGAAAAGGGCUACUAACUUAUUUCAAAACAAACUUUUAGUUAGGGUGAACAGAGCACCUUGAGUGCUUUGUAAAAUGGGAGCAUACAGAGAUUUUUAGCUUCGGGUGUUGCUGGUUCUAAAAAGAAUACAUCUUUUAUUUACUUUCUAGCAGCAAUGGAAGGUCACACAAAAUUUUCGUUAAGUAAGGCCAACUGCCACCUUGGGUAGCGUAUGGUCACAUUCAGUCCUGCAAAUGACUCACAGAUAAACUCACAGAUGAACACGAAGGAAGUGGAAUCCUUUGGAAAACCCAUGUUCCCAACAACAGUUCUGUGCCCUGAGGUAGAGAGAAGAUUUGGAGUAAGAAAUAGAUUUCUAAUACAAUUCAAGAUCACCCUACAGUAUUUUCUUUGGAAACUGGUCUAGCCCAGGAUAUUUUAAAGAGAGACAAGUGAAGUCCUAUUUAUCUUGUCCCUGUGAGUGGUAUUUGUAUAUUCAUAAGCUAUUUUUGGUAAGAAUUUUAAAUCUUUGAGCUAAAUGCCCACAGGCAUCAUGACCUUUGCCUUCCUUCAAAACACAAAUUGUACAAACACUUUAUAAAGAGCUAGUUAUUGAUGUUAAAACAUGACCCCACAUAAAGCGGCUCGUUAACCACUUGACCCCUUUAAUUGACAUCCAUAAGCAUAACCUUUGUUACAUUGUUCUUUUUGAUGUAUUUGUAGAAAUGUUUCUUAGUUCAUAAAGGAAAAUGUAUGUACCCUGAAAAUUAUUUAUUUUGUUUAACUUUGGUAUAAAGAUGUUUGGGCAUUUUCUUGGGGAGGGGGAGUUAAAAAAGAAGUUUGUCUCCCGCAUCAAAAAAUAGUUCAAAGAAAUUAAGUAUUUAUUAUAUUUUUUGCAGUUGUUUCCAUACAAUUCACAUAACCUUUUUGUAAAGAGAGAUGAAGAAAUGGAUUAAAGAUUUUUAAUAUUUGAAAUGGUAAAUAGAACUAAUUUAUUUGUAAUAUAUUUCUGUUAUUUAUAGAUGUGUCCUUAAUGUUUUACUGUGCAUUACCACUUUAAUUUAAGCCUUAUCCUUGUGAAUUUACCAUUUCUUUUUUAAAACAUGUCUAGAUGCAUAUUUUAAAUAACUGGAAUGUAAAUCACUAGCACAUCUGAAUUCCCAAAUGUAAUUUUUAAAAAUUAUUUUGGUUUGGAGAAAAAAAAAAAGAUCCACUUGAAAGCCUUCUGAUGGAGGGAUGGGGAACAUUUUUAUGGAUUUAUGAAUUGGAAUUUCAUAGGCUUAUCUACUUAGAUUGUGUGUGAACAAAAAAAAUUGUAAAUAGAUGAAUGUUUCCCAUAAUGUAAAAAGAUGAAAUUAAUAAAAUAAUUAAUGCACUGCU